AUGCAUUCCAACUCGAUGUUGUCGCCAUCACCCUCAAUGUCCAGUCCGGGCGGUGGAAUCGGUGGUGGUAGUGGAGGUUCUGACAUUCCGAUGAGUUCAAUCUCCAAGCUUCUCAAGAAGAAUCACAACAAUCAUCAGAAAGGGGGUUCGUUACAAGUCACAGGAUCCGAAGGUUUGCAAUCGAUGCAGUCUUUCAAUGCGAUGACACUCAGCAGCUUGACGGCUGGCGAUCGUGGAAGUCUGGGAGCCGGUCCCGGAAGUAACAACAGCAGCAACAACAGCAGUGGAAACACCAGUCCUUUGACUAGUGCACGUGAUUCACAUCAUCUGACAAUUCAACACUCGAUGUCGAGCUUGUCAUUCUCGACACCGGUCGAAGGUUCGCCAGGCUUGUUGUCAUCGCCACGACAACCACUCACACGCGCGCCAUCGAUAAGUAGAGUUCGUCCACUCUCCAGCAACGAACCAACACUCUGCGCUGAAUCCAAUCUAAUCGUAUUGGAUUUCGUUGAGGAGUUUAUCGAUGCCUAUCAAGUGAAUCUCGCCGAUCCUACUUCUCCAGUGAUGGAGAGUGUUUUCAACUUGUUGAUGGGAUUGCUUCGUCGUAAGCAAUCACAUCGUGUUAUCCACUCGCUGUUUGCAUCGCUCCAUACCUUCAUUGCCAAGUUCCGUCUGCACUUGUUCCGUGUCAACAAUCAAUACUGUGGUAUUCUCUGUCAACACAUUCUCAACUAUUGCAACUCCAUCACCAAGAACAUCAGAAUUCAAUCGACUGCAUUCUUUUACAGUCUGUUCAAGCAUAAUCACCAGGAGAUCGGAAACUUUGGUCGUGUCAAGAUUCAAUCGACUAUCGCUCUCUCCAAGCUGGCGAGCGACAGUAAGUUCAUUCGUGGUGGCGCCAGAAUGUUGGAGAGUUCACUGGCAACACUCUCACUCUACUCCUCACAUGAAUCGUCGACUUGCAGUGAUUCCGCUAUUCUCUCAAAGGAGCAAAUCGAUACGUUGUCACCCGACGAGAUCAAGGUGGUUCGUGAGCGAUUCCACACUCAGAUUCAAACGAUGAGUUCCAAACUCAUAAAGAUCAUCCGUGAUACCAUGCGAGUGAACAAACUCAAGGCACACUCUGACCCAGAGACAGUGCAUGAGUUGUACUCAAAGAUUGCAUCUGGUUACUCUGAUACUCCUAUUAUCCGGCUGGACUGGCUCAGCGCACUGUCUUCGCUGCACGUCGAACAGGAGAAUUACUUUGAGGCGGCGAUCUGUCAGAUUAGAAUUGCGCUUUUGAUUCACACCUACUUGGAACAACAUAAACUACUUCCUUGCCCGUUGGAUCUAUCGCUAAUCGACAGAAUCAAUCCUAAUCUCAAGGAGAUUGUAGUGGAGGAAGACGAGGGUGUAUGCACAUCGCCACUCUUCUCUGUCGAGGGUAUGAGAUCUUCGAUUCUCCUAGCUAUCAACCAAAUGAGAAUGGCAGAAUGCUUUGAAUUCUCUAUUCUUUUGUACAAGGUGAUCAUCCCGCUACACGAAAACGAUCGAGACUACAUUCGUCUCUCGGAGUACUACAAGCAAUCUCACAAGUUGUACGACGAAAUCAUUCGUUCCAACGAGAACAAAUCUAGAAUGCUGGGUCGUUACUACCGUGUCGGUUUCUAUGGCAAGCGAUUCGACGAGUUGAACGGAAUGGAAUUUGUAUAUAAGGAGCCGAAACUCACCCAUUUGUUUGCGCUGACCGAGCGUCUCAAGUCGUUCUAUCGCGAGAAACUAGGUGAGCAAAUCUUUAUCUUCCCUGACAGCAGUCGUGUCACAAAGAGCAACUUGGAGCCGGAUAAACUCUACAUUCAGAUCACCUCUUUGAAGCCAUACUUUAAGGAUUCCAGGACCAACUACUUUGAUAGAAAGACACUGUUGAAUCAGUUUGUAUUCAUUACUCCAUUCACACUCUCUGGAAAAUCACAGGGAUCGAUCACCGAGCAAUUCCACAGAAAGACAAUCUUGACUAUUGAAUGUGUCGCUCCGAAUAUGUUGAAGAGAUAUCCGGUUGUUGAUUACAAAGAGAUUGAGAUCUCACCAAUAGAAAACAGUAUCGAAGCGAUCACUCAACGUACUCGUUUGUUGGCGAUGGAGAUCAACCAGUCGCCACCCAACAUCAAGACACUUCAGGGUGUUCUACAGGGUUCGGUGCUGCUGCAGGUGAAUGCAGGUGCCAUUGAAAUCUGCAGAGGAUUCCUCGCCAAAUCACAGCGUGCUAGCUGGCCAACUGAGAAGGUCAACCAACUGGCCGACGGUUGCACCGAGUUCUUGGAGCAAUGCAAGAAUGCACUGUUGAUCAACAAACGAUUGAUUCAAAUGGAUCAAAUUGGAUUCCACCAUGAAUUGGAAAUCGGUUAUCGUAAGCUACAAUUCAAGAUGGACAAGUAUAUCAAAGGUGAAAUCAACGAGUCGGAUGAAGCCGACAUUGAUAGACAACAAUCCACUGCCAGUUCGGCACACGACGACGACGACGACUCACAGUUGACCAUGACCGAAGAAUCGUACGACGAUAUCUCAAUCAAGGAGUCGGGAUCCAUCCUGGAAAAUAUGACACCCUCAUUACUGUUCAUACCGAAUCUCAUCAAAGAUAAAAAGAAGUCUGGAUUCCUCUCAGUGCGAGAAGAUCGUAAGUCAAAACGUGAGAGUAGAGAACUCAAAGACGACAGUAGCAUAUCCUCACCAAAGGCAUCCGAUAAACUUAAAGCUGUCUUUAAUCAAUAA